CGCGAGCCGCCUCCGGCUGCCGGAGUGGGCGUGGUGCGAGGAGCGGGGCGGCACCCCAGCCCGCAGCGGCGCCUGCCAUUGGCUUCUCCUGGCAGAGGAGGCUGGCCUAGGCAGGGUCGGAGAGCCAGCGGCAGGGAAAGUUGCUGCUUCGCCCGGCGGAGUUCCCACUCGGCGGUGGAGUUGGCGCGGGACUGGACGGAGCGGGAGUCCCGGGCGGAGCAAGGCAGCGGCAGGGGUGGCUGUGGCUGCAAAAGAGGAAACACUAGGACUUCAGGAACAGCCAGCCCUGGAAGUACAAGAAAGGCACCCCUGGCACUUGGUGCAGGUCCUGGGCCACCCCCCAGAGCCAUUGAUACACUAGCAAGGAUCCUGCCAAGGGGCAGGGGUUGUGUUGUUCUCCGAUACCCAGGAUCGUUGGAUGUGCCAGGGGUUGUCAUCUCCUGCCCUUGGCUUCCCACAGGCACACAGUGUUGCAGGGGCACACAGCAGCGGCAGCAACCGGACAGUGAGAGCGCCACAAAGGAGCAGCCCCUGGCAGAGGCGGUGAUGCUGGGGUGCUCUCUUUGGGGCUCUGCACCCCCCACGUUAGUUGGGGAGAAAAGGAGGAGAGCUGUGUUGCUUGAAGGGCUGCUGGUGGUAGUGGUCUUUCCCAACUGGGUCUUGGCUCAGCAGCCUCCCCAUUGUCCUGAAUCCUGUUAUUGUUCUGAGGAGGCCAGGACAGUGACGUGUGUCAACCAGAACCUGACUGAAGUGCCACAGGACUUGCCCCAUUAUGUGCGGGACCUCCUCCUCACAGGCAACCACAUCAGUGGCCUCCAGCCUGGCACAUUCUUCUCUGAACCCCCUCUAGAGCUCAGUUACCUCAGCCUAAGUGGCAAUGGCCUGGAGUGGGUGGGAGAGGAUGCUUUGGCUGGCUUGCCCAGCUUGAAGCAGGUGGACCUCAGCUACAAUCUUCUUUCAUCGUUCAGCACUGCAGCCUUUGGUAAUGGCAGUAGCUCCAUAGAGGAGCUGGACUUGAGCAACUCCCUCUCAAACACUAGCAAUGUGACCCUCAUCACUGAGCUCCUCCAGCCGAGGGCUUUUCCCAACUUGAAGCACCUGGAUCUGUCCGACAACCACUUGCUUCAUCUGCCUGCAGACAUGUUCUCCUCCCUGCCCAGCCUCCAGCAUCUGAACCUGCACAACAACUCCCUGGUGGGUUUGUAUAAUGUAGACUUCUCAAACCUCCACCAGCUGCAGAGCCUCAACCUCAGUGACAAUGCCUUCAAGUGCCUGAGGAACAACACCGUCUUUCAACUCCGCAGGCUUCCCCGCCUCAGUAGUCUUGACCUCAGCCGGAACACUUGGGUCUGCGACUGCCAUAUCAAGGACUUGGUGAACUGGCUUAAGGAAAGUGACGUUGUUGAGGCCAAAGAGACUCUCAAGUGCUCUUAUCCAAAUGAGAUGCGGGGCAGACCCUUAGUGACCCUCAAAUUCUCAGGCUUGGACUGUCCUGCGACAACAGAAGACCAAACUCAGCUACAGACUUCUUAUGUCUUCCUUGGGAUAGUCUUGGCUCUCAUUGGAGCUAUUUUCCUGCUUGUUUUGUACUUGAACCGAAAAGGGAUCAAAAAGUGGAUGUACAAUAUCAGAGAUGCCUGUAGAGACCACAUGGAAGGCUAUCACUACAGGUAUGAGAUCAACGCAGAUCCCAGGCUCACAAACCUCAGCUCCAAUUCUGAUGUCUGAAGAGGUCCUGAGGGGGAAGCAGGCUGAGCGCACAAAUAGCUAUGCAUGAUGGGUAGACUUUAGCUUGAUUCCCCCCCUCCCCAUGCUUGCUCCCCCUUUGCACACACCCUUAAGAGACUUCACAGACUCAUUUGUGCCAAGCAGAGAAUGAUGCCUAUAUAUACCCAAAGUUUGCAAUUUUUAUUGUUGUUGUUGUUGUUGCUCAUAGUCAAUUGUGCAUGGGAUCGGGCUGUAUGUAGGGAAACAUGCUCUCUACUGCCUGUUUUGCUUUGCAACUCACUGUGAGCCCUUGCUUGCCAAGAUCUCAUCAUCUAAACUGAAAAGGGACACUUUGUGUGUAUGUGUGUGGUUUUCUUUUCUUCCUUGUGAGAGUAUAUAUUUUUAAUAAGUACCAUUCAACAAAGGCUGCCUCAACUUUUUGGGAGAAAUGUUUUGUCCGUUGGUACUUUGUUUUAUUUAAAUGCAUCUGAAUUGUAAAGAAUUCCAUAGACCAUAUAUGCAUAGUUAGAACACUCCAUUCUCUGUACAAAUAAGCAAAUAAAAUAGUGAGCAUGCAUAAACAAUAAUUUUACAUAGUAGGGAAAACCUGAAAAAUUCAUUAAGGCUGUUACUGUUUGAAAAGGCUACAGGAUUUUUUUAAAAGGAAAAAUCCGCUAUAAACUGCACAUGGAGCUGAGUUUGAACUGUUAAAUAAUUCAAUAAAUGUUCCUACAAGUAGUUUGUUGGGCUGAAGUUUGCUGUUUAAUGUUCCAGUUGGAAAUGCAGUACAAUAUAGGAUAAACAUAGCUCUUUUGAUAAGCUUAUAUUCCCAGUACAAAACAAGACAAAAAAGGACUCCUUCAAUUAUCAUUAAACUAAUUUAUGUUUGCUUGGAAGUAUCUUCUUCAGUGUAGUUUACCUUUUAGUGAAAUGAGGAAUAUACAAAGCGAUGCUAAUUUGUGCUUGUUUAUUAAAGACCACAUAAACGAC